UUUCGACUUUUGGUUUUGUUGAAUCGAAACACGCGCUAGGCCAGCCUUUCUUGGCAACACAUGCUUCGACCUUGCCCGUCCACCACCUCUCGAGCAUCAUUUUCUCCUACGCACCCCUCGUUCCUAAUCACCUCAGGACGUCGCCUCGACUUCACCCCGACUGCUGCCGCUGCUCAACCAUGGCGCAGCUACCUUCUACAACGACCACGACGAUGGCGGUGCCGAAGGCCGUGUCUCUGAUACCGGCGGCGAACGAGUCGCUGUUGAGGCCUGGCCAGCAGCCCAGCUACAUGUCCCGGCGCGGACCACACAUCUCGGAUCAGCCAUGGACAGUUUCCAACUGGUACCUCCAUAUCGACUGGUUCAAGACGACCCUGCUUGUCUUCAUCCCUAUCGUGGCCGUCUAUUACGCAUGCUUCACGCCAUUGACCCGCCCGACUCUGAUCCUGUCUGUCCUACUGCACCUCUGGGCCGGCAUAGGCAUCACAGCAGGGUACCACCGCCUCUGGUCUCACUGCUCCUACACGGCAACCCUGCCCCUGCAGGUCUUCCUCGGAUUUGGUGGUGCCAGCGCCCUCGAGGGCUCGAUCCGGUUCUGGAGUUGGGGCCACCGCGCCCACCACAGGUUCACCGACACCGAUGCGGACCCGUACACCGUCCACAAGGGUCUGUGGCAUGCGCACAUGGGGUGGCUCCUCCUCAACCAGGACUACAAGAAACACGGCCGCACCGACAUCUCCGACCUCUCCAACGACCCCUUCGUCGUCUGGCAGCACAAAUACUAUGCCCCGAUCUCUAUAUUCUUCGCCUGGGUCAUGCCUCCCCUGGUGGCGGGGCUUGGCUGGGGGGAUUGGAAAGGCGGCCUCAUCUACGCCGGCGUUCUUCGCGUCGUGACGGUUCAACAGAGCUCCUUCACCAUCAACAGCCUCGGGCACUACCUUGGCGAUCAGCCCUUCGACGACAGGCGCUCUCCCCGCGAUCAUUGGAUCUCGUCACUAUUCAGCCUCGGCGAGGGAUACCACAACUUCCACCACGAGUUCCCUACCGACUACCGCAACACGACAAGAUGGUUGACCUACGACCCGAACAAGUGGUGCAUCGCCACCUGGAAAUUCCUAGGCCUGGCGAGCGACCUGCGCACGUUCUCCCAGAACGAGAUCGACAAGGGCAAGCUCCAGCAGGAGCAGAAGAAGCUGGACCGCAAGCUCGGCGUCCUCGACUGGGGCAAGCCGCUCGCCGUCCUGCCCGUGAUGGAGUGGGAGGACUUCGUCGACCAGUCGCGCACCCGCGCCCUGAUCGCCGUCGCGGGCCUCGUGCACGACGUGACGGACUUUGUCCGCGUGCACCCGGGCGGUAAGGGGCUCAUAUCGACCGCCAUCGGGAAGGAUGCCACCGCCAUGUUCAACGGCGGCGUGUACAACCACUCCAACGCGGCGCGCAACCUCUUGGCCAAGUACCGGGUUGGCAUCAUCCGCGGGGGCGGCGAGGUUGAGAUCUGGAAGGUGCGGGCGCAGAAGCGCGCCGAGAUGAUUCGGGAUUACGAUUACUCUAUCGUUGGUUCCAAGGAGCACAUGCAGUAGACAUGGGCAUGCUGGAGUUUGGUGGACAAAAGUGAAUACACGGGAAUACACGGUAGAAAGAUGGCUCGCUGCUCGAUUUACACAACUGUUAUCGGUUUUCUUUGCAUGGUCUGCGCAGCAGUGCUUGGUGCAGACCUGUGUUCGGUGUCAUUUGGGGGCGUGGAAUGGGU